AUGGCAACCUUUCACUGGAUUGAACCAGAAUCGACCCACAAUACUGCCGCCCUGGCAUCUCAGGCGAGAUUGCUCACUCCUCCCUUCAUUCUGCCUCAAGUCAGCGUCUCCUGCCUGGAUCGUGAGACCCCUGUGGAGCGCAGCACAGAGCACGAGGAAAUGGUUUGGUAUCGAUGCCACCAAGUUCUUCAAGAGUCCUACAAGGGUGGCGAGCUCGCACAGCUCUUCCCCGGCGCCACCGGGGUGUGGAAUCUUCUUGGGACUCACCUCAUGAAAUAUGCUUACGUCGUCAAAGAUCUGGGCGAGGCUCGUCCAACCGCGUCGUCGAUCAUUCCGGCCACAUCUGACGACCUAAAGCUCCCGGACGACGUGAUCCGCAACGGGAUGAAGGAGACGCCAGACCCAGAGAACUACCUUUACAUGAGACCGCCUCCCUCGACAAACGGGUCCGGUCAUUCUUGA